AAGCUGCAAAAAGGUUACGAUUAAUGCUGAGUUUUGCUGUUGGUAGUCUUCUUGGUGAUGUUUUUCUGCAUUUGCUACCUGAGGUCUGGGCACACAUGGACAGAGAUAAUUAUAUCAGCCAUUUAAAAAUUGGUCUUUGGGUGGUAUCAGGACUUCUUUCAUUCAUGAUUGUUGAAAAGAUGAUGGGAGAUGAGAGUGAGUUUGAACAUCUUCAUGACACAUGUGACGAUACUUCUACAAUUUCUACACAAGGCGAACAAGAACAUUUAAAGAAAUCAGGAGGAUCAACAUCUAUGAUGACUUGUAACACAGGCAGAAAUCCUAGAAUGUGCAGUAAACGACAGAUUAAAUGUGAACAGAGAUCCUUAAAGGAAUAUGAAAAAUGUACAGUGAUUGAAAACGUAAACACAGCUGUAGACACAGUUCCAACAUCCAGACAGGACAUAGACACCAAAAUAAAGGUGAGCGGUUACCUCAACCUUUUAGCAAAUAUGGUGGACAAUUUUACGCAUGGCUUAGCUGUAUCUGCAAGCUUUUGUAUAAGCACAAAGGUUGGUCUGAUCACAACAUUAGCCAUAUUAUUGCAUGAAAUUCCCCAUGAAGUCGGAGACUUUGCUAUUCUUCUCAGAUCAGGCUUCGACAGGUGGAGAGCUGCCAAGGCUCAGUUUUUAACAGCAUUAGGAGGUGUUAUUGGUGCUGUUACAACAUUGACUACGGAAUCUGCACAAGUGGCUGGUGAGAAAGCAGUUUGGGUUCUACCAUUCACUUCAGGUGGCUUCAUGUAUAUAGCUCUGGUUACUGUAGUUCCAGAUCUUUUACAGGAAAAACAUGGAUGGGAAUCUACAAAACAGGUGGCGUGUGUCUGCUUUGGUGUACUGUCAAUGAUAUUUGUAACUGUGGCAUUUGAAUAA